CGGUUGCUUUAGGAGAAACUGAAACUUGGCUUGCUGGGGGCGGGGUGGUCACUGGUGAUUUAAAGAGCUGCCACUUCCUUGGGCCCCCAGAGGGCAUUGGGAGGUCACAGCGCCGAGGAACACCUUGGAUGUGAGCCUCUGCACCCCUGGCCAAGCCAUGCGCCUCUGCGGGGAGGAUGAGCUGCAGACUGGGACAGACCCCAAGGAGCAUCAGAGGCAGCUGAAGAAGAAACAGAAGAACCGGGCGGCUGCCCAGCGCAGCCGGCAGAAGCACACGGACAAGGCAGACGCCCUGCACCAGCAGCACGAGUCACUGGAGAAACACAACCAUGCCCUGCGGAAGGAGAUCCAGGCUCUGCGAGCUGAGCUGGCGUGGUGGAGUCGGACCCUGUGUGUGCACGAGCGUCUGUGCCCAAUGGACUGUGUCUCCUGCUUGGCUCCCAUGCCCCCCGGCUGCUGGACUCAGGCAGAGCAGCCCCCAGGCCCUGUGCCCCACGGACAGCAUGGCUGCCUGGAGCAGUCAGGCCUGUUCCAGACCCCACUUUCCUCUCCCUCUGCUCAGCAACUCUCUCCAGAUCCCCAGCCUCAUGGUUCCCCCGGCCCCCUCCUGUCCCCUCUGCCCUCGCUGUCCCUUGGCUCCACUGCAGUCACUGCGUCUUCCGUCCAGCUGUCCUCCAGCCCUGUUGAAUCUGCCUCGCUCACUGGCUCCAGCCUGCUGAGACCUUCCUCCAAGCUCAAUGCCCUCCUGCUCAGCCCCCCAACCCAAACUGCCCCUCCACAGCCCCUUGGGCUGGAGCACCCCACCAGGAGGAAGCUGGAGUCCUCACCCCACAGCCCCUUGUCUGCUCUGGGGCUGACCUGUCUGCAGGAUAGGGAGCACAAGCCUGUUUUCUCAGUAGCAGAUCUGCAAGGGUUGGAUGUGGAUCCCAGCCCCCACCCCCUCCUGGCCUUCCCCCUGCUCUCCUCUGCUCAAGUUCACUUCUAACCUGGCCCUGGAGCUGGGCUGGCCCCUUCCUUGGGCUCAGGAAGCAGCCUCAGCACACGGGCAUCUCUUCCCUUGCCAUUGGAGGCUGUCCUUGGCUGACCAGCUGGCCCAGGAUUUCACCAGGGAAAGGAAGCCAUCACUGCAUGCCCACCUCUCUGCCAGGCCCUGUCACUGCUACUAUCUUAUUUCAGCCUCAGGGGCAUCCUGAAAAAUCCAGAUUAUCACUCCACUUUUUCAGAUAAGGAGACAGAGGCUUGGAGAAGCCAAGUGACUUGUCCAAGUUCACACAGCCUUUCUUGGGAUCUGAAACACCACCAUCUGUUGUCUUUCUCCUGGUGGGAUCAUGGCCCAGGCACCCUAGGGGUUGAAGUCCUAGAAACUGAGGACUGGUGUGAGGAGGUUUAAGUGCUGGGAGCAGGGAGGGGCUGUCGCUUCUGAUUUGUGAUUCCCAGGGCCACAGAGCCCUGCUG